UAUGUGUCUUUGAAAAUAUAAUAAACAAUAUCAUGUUAAAAAUUAAAACGGCGAUAAGUGCGAACACGACAGCUAAAACAAAUAUAUAUAGUAUGGUGCUUUUCUGUGGUUAUACCUAUUUCAGAUGUAAUCCGAACGUUGUGAUUUUUAAAUCAAGGAUUCCAUUGUAGUGUGGGAAUCUUCUUAAUCCAUAACAGACACAAAAUCUCAGUACAAAAAAAAUGGUAACAUUAUCAAUUUCAAAACAAUCUCGUGUUAAAUAACCGAACGGCACGAAACCGUCAAUGUUUAUGAAGAUCAUAAAAGCAGCUAACAAGGAACAAACUACAACAAAACCAAAAGAAAAUCUCAAAGAGCAACAACAAAAACAAUUACAUAAACAAAAGUGAAACAAAGUGCGACACAUACGAAGUGCAGUGAGCGAGCGGGCGAGCGAGCAAAGCGUGAAUCCCAUUCAUACCUACGUGGUAAAAAGUCAUAAACAACAAAAUACUCCAGCAGAUAAAAAUCAUUGUUGUCACAGCCCAGAAGAAAGAAAGAAAAACAACAAAAGGAAUUCCCAUUUUGUAACAAUGUAUGCUGGUCGUUUUGGACCAACAGAGGCAGCAACGAACGAAUAGAGUCAGCAACAGUUGCGGCUCCGAAAGGGGUUUCUUCUACAGAGAUUCAACUAAAGGGACCUCAGCAAAGAGAACAUAAUAAAGGCACAUGCGUAGCGUAAUAUUUUGAUCCAAAACAACAGCAACAACAAACAACUGAACGAGCACAACAACAUUGAAGCUAAGCUGGCCGACCAGCCAGCAAGUUAGCCAUCCAACCAGCAGGAAGCCCAUUAAAGUCAAAGGAAUUACAUUCAAGUCAUAAACAAGAAAUAAACAAACAAAACGUACAACGACGAACGAAUUCCACAACAACGACCGCCAAAAAUAAUUGAUAGCUCACGUGCUGCCUGUCCGCGUGUUUGCCGGCCGGUCGGCCGAUCGCCCAGCCUUGCCUUAAUGUGGUGGACCGGUAUCGACAAACCACACAAACUUUUGUGCAAAUAAAAAAAUAAGAAACUUGCAGAAGGAAAAAAACUUGUUGCUCCAGUUCCCAGUAACAUACAUUGGUCUCUGUACUCCCCCCUCCGUUUGCGAGCUAAAGUCUUCCACACUUAACAGCUGUUGACCAGACAGCUGUUAUGGGACAAACAAUAAAUUAUUACAAAAUCAGCAACAUGUUGCCCAUGGCUGGAGCUUUCUUUAGUCGAACAUUAGUCAUAUUUUUGCUGGCAACAUGUUGUGGCAUGGCAACGUCUUCUACUCUUUCUCCGGAUACAUUGCCAGCGGAAAUAAACUCCACAGCAGCAUCAGUUCCAGCAACAUAUGAAUGCCCCAGCAUGGAUAUACGCAAUCAAUGUGAAAAUUUUGCCCAUUUGGAAAAUUGUACUGUCAUAACGGGCUAUUUAAUUAUUGUCCUACUGCCGGCCAAUAACUCGUGCGAUUAUUCAAAAUAUCGUUUUCCCAAAUUGCGUGAAAUCACCCAUUUCCUGAUCAUGUAUGAAGUGAAGAAUCUAACCUCAAUUCGUGAUAUGUUUCCUAAUCUAACUGUGAUACGUGGUUUGAAAUUACUUCUUAACUAUGCCCUGGGCAUAUCGGCAAUGGAUUCUCUACAAACGCUGGAAUUCCCCAAUUUGGUUGCAAUUCAACGUGGUCAUGUUUAUAUUGGUGACAAUCCAAAACUAUGCUACUUAAACAGAAUAAAUUUCGAUCGUUUAACGUUAGCACCGGGUGACAAUUACAUAUAUCCCGUUAAGGAUGCCAAUUGCCCGGCAACCAUAGAUCAAUGUUCGGGCUGUAAUUCGGGCUACUGUUGGUCGAAUAAAGUGUGUCAGAAAUUUGAAAAUGAUAAUGUCAUCAAAAUGCAAGAACGAAUACAACACUGUGAUGAACAAUGCCUUGGUGGGUGCAGUAAUCGUGGAUGUGCCGUAUGUCGCUCCUGGACCGAUCAUGGUGAAUGUGUUGAGGAGUGUCCCCCCGAUAAAUACAUUUCAGCCGAUUAUUUACGUUGCUACACGCGGGAAGAGUGUGUGGAAAAGAAAUUGGCAAUCUAUAAAAAUACCUGCGUUACAUCGUGCCCGGCGGGAUAUAAUGUCAAUAAUGUCACUCAUGAAUGUGACUCUUGUGGCGGCGUAAAUAGUUGUACCAAAGUUUGUAAUCCUAUCAAAGAGGGCGGUGCCAUUCUCAUUCAAACUUUGGCUGAUAUUGAACAUCUCAAAGGUUGCCAGAUUUGCAAUGGUAGUGUUGUCAUAAGUUUAACUAAUCGAUUUAUUGAAUCGGAAUUCGUGCAACAUCUCAGUGAUAUUGAGGAAAUUGUGGGUCACUUAAAGGUGUUCAAAUCUCCAUAUUUGACAUCAUUAAAGUUUUUCCGAAAUCUUCGUAAAAUCCACGGCAAACCAUUGGAGCUGCAUCAUUAUUCUUUGAUUUUGUAUGAUAAUCAAAACCUACGUGAACUUUGGCCAGUUAGGGAGGGCCUUGAAUUGGCCAACGGCGGAAUUUCUAUACAGGCCAAUGAUAGACUGUGUAAUAGGGUUAUACGAAAUUUUAAGAAUACCGUUAAACAUGACCACAGUUUGGACUCAAUACAGACUAGUGAUCAGGAGGUCUUGUGUGCACCGGCGAAAUUGAAUUUGUUCGUGGAAGUCCUCUCCUAUCGCUCCAUAAAAUUAAGCUGGGCCAAAGAUGAAACAUUCGAGCAAGUGGAAAUAUUAUAUCGUCCCACUGAUCCCAACAAACCAUUCGUGGAGCAUAGUGAAUUAGACACGAAUGUGUGUGAACGAGUCUACUGGGAGAGAGAGUUGAAAUUUCCCCAGGAUUUGGAGCAAAAUAAUACUCAUUAUUUCUAUAAAAUUCAAACGUUAACGCCUCACACCAAAUAUGCCUGCUUGGUCAAGUCUUUCGGUGAGGAUGAUAAUCAGGAAGCACGAAGUGAAAUCAAAUUCUUUACCACCCAAAUGGAUAUACCACCGCCACCCCAGAUCCAAAUCACAAAGAAAUCAUUCAACUCCUUAACUCUACAGCUGUCCUAUGCGAAUCGUGAAGAUCAGUUGAUUGAUUUCUAUAUGUUGGAGGUCUAUGAAAUUCCCGAAAAUCCCAUGGUGUUGGAUCAACGGGAUUACUGUGAGGAUCCAAUGAAACCGUUUCCGGAUUAUCACAAUGAAGAUUUUGAUGAUUGUUGCAGUCGACGUUUGGAAGAAGCUGAAGAUGAUAUGUUUCAAAGACAACUGGAAAAGGAGUUCUCCUGUUCCUUGGAUAAUAAAAAAUAUUGUGAAAUUAAUCCACUGGAGGAUAACUAUACAAACAAUGCCAAUGCCAUUUUGACCAAACGCCUGGAGCACAGUGAAACAAAUUAUACCAUACGUUCUUUGGAGCGUUAUCAACUCUAUGCCAUACAGGUGCAAGCCUGCAAUCGUGCCGACUGUGGUUCGUUUCGCAUCAUCAACGAAAGGACAAAUUAUUCUUUGGCUGCUGACAAAAUCUACGAUUUGACAGCUUGUAAAAUGUCACACAAUAAUGAGUAUCGCGUUCACUUUAAGGAACCGGAGAAACCCAAUGGCUACAUAACAUUAUAUGCCCUGCAUUUUAGAUACUUUAAUUCCUCCUCCAAUGGACCCUAUCAGGGUCAUGUGCAUUGUCUGACACGUCGCGAACAUCAGCGUAACAAUUUCCUCUAUCAAGGUUAUCUGAAUUCCACAUUCAACCAGGCGGCUGUAAGGGUGGAAUCAUUAGGUCAUCACACCUUUACCGAUUGGGUCGAGAUUACAAUCUGUAGUGGUGUCCAGGUGUAUACCAAAACUAAAUUGGCUGGCCGUGGUUCGCAUAGUUGGAAUAUAUUUUUAAUAUUCUUUAUACUGGGCGCAGGAGGAACAGUUUUGUGGGUAUGUUACAAACGAAAAUAUUGGAGAAAAUUACCACAGCUGCGAAGAUAUUUGCCGGUCCAUACGAAUUUACAGUCGUUACGCCGAGAUGCAAGCAAUGAUGAGGAUCGUCAAAUAUUGGUUGAUGGCUUUGAAACCGUUCGUUUUCACAAUAGUCCCGAUGAAGAUAAGAAAUAUUUGGUCCAUUAAAGACAGCAAUUUUGGAUCAAUUGCAUUACACAGGAAUUGUACAGUAUUAAUGUAAACAACGUUUUUUUAGAGUAAUAUAUCCUGAAAGAGUCUGCAAUAAAAUGACAAGUAAACCUAAA